AUUCAUUUGCUACACUCUUCCUCUUCCUGUUCUCGUGCACUGACGUCUGUCACUCUAUGAGUUGGACGGCUCAAAUUUUCCCCAGCAGAACCGUGCUCACAGCAUGCUGUCAAAAUCAGCCCUCUCAGAAAAAAAGAUUCUUUUUUCUUCACUUCUAGGCCACUAUGCAGUCGACACAGCAGUCCAGCACAGAUUAGGAGGUGGUGAUGGAUAAAACCCUGGAAAUGAUUAUUCCACAGAUUGAGUGUGUGUGCAGAUGAGAUUCUGCACUGACAAGGCCACCCCUUUCCGUGCCUGAAAUAUUCUGGAUCCCAGGAGGUUUUUUUUGUCGUCAUCACCAUGAUCAGAUUCUUCAGGAGACUCUAGCACUGCAGACCAUCACCAAGGAGGGAAGAGGCUGGGCACAGAGCCCUGUAUAUCCCAAAUGCAGUCGGACAUAGCGAAGGACCCAUGAACCAUGUAGUGUGCCUCUGUCUGCCACAGGGGGGAGGGUUAACUUUGUAGUUCUUUUUUUGUACUGUUUUUUUUUUUUUUUUGGCUGGGAGUUGGUCUACAAGGUGAGCCAGAAAUGGUCUUGCACACCUCUCCCUACCCUAGUGCCUUCCUCAGUUUUCUGAGCCGUCUAUCUUGGGCCUUUGUUUUCCCUUGCUACUGGCUGUUGGACCGGUUGUUGGCCUCCUGUGUAGCAACAUCACUAGAGAAGCGUAUACGCUCCCAAGAUCCCUGUUCUUUUUUGGCACUUGGGGUCCUGAUCUCUACACCUCUCUACUUGGUGCUGUUACUGGCAUCCUUACCCUUUGCUUUUAUUGGCUUCCUCUUGUGGGCCCCACUGCAGACCAUCAGGAACCCCUAUAUCUACUCUCAUCAGAAAGCAGACAAGCAUGGUGCUGAGCAAGGAUCAUCGGCUGGAACCAGGGCAGCACUUGCUGAGUGGCGUCCACAAGGUCGCAGCUUUUGUUUUGGCAGUGCCAAUGUUUGCUUGCUGCCGGACUCACUCGCGCGCUUCAACAACCUUGCUGACACUCAACGCCGAGCUCGUGAAGUGGGCAAGCGAAUCCGUAAUGGUGCCAGCAGACCCCAGAUAAAGAUAUACAUUGACUCGCCCACUAAUACAUCCAUCAGUGCGGCAUCCUUCUGCAGUGUGGCCACCCAGGGCUUCCGCCGCACCUCAUCUUUGGACCAUCGCCCUGAGCCUGUGGUCACCACUGAAACUGAGACUGAGGCCUUAACUGAAUGUCCUGUUCACCCCUCAGGAGGUACAGGCUCGGAUUGCCCUGUCCACAGCACUGGGGCCCAGAAUUCCUCAGAGUGUCCCCUCCACCCCAAUGGAGAAGAGCAUGCUCCUGAUUGUGCCGUCCACCAGUUUGCAGACCCGCACUCCUCUGUUGAUUGUCCAGUACAUAGCAACAUCAUCCAGAACUCAGAAGACUGUCCUCUCCAUCCCGCUGGAGUGCAAAUUAGCAUCACCUCUCCUGAUUCUGAGCCGACUGAGGCUGACAAAGGAAACCAUCAGACCUGGGAUGGGGAUAUGGGUAGCCUAGAAAGCCGUACAGCCUCCCGGGAAUCCCUAGUUCGCUUCCACGCAGCUGAUGGAGGCAUCUCCCCCAACAACACCCUUUCACAACACCGCACCUCAGUCUUUAAAAGGCCAAUUGGGCGCAAACGGCGUCAUGGGGAUGACGGUUUUGACCAUGAGAUCUCUGCCUUUUUUCCAGCCAACCUGGACUUCCUUUGUCUACAGGAAGUCUUCGAAAGGCGAGCUGCAGACAGGCUCAGAAGGCAGCUGCACCGCUACUUUCCCUUUGUGCUGAGCGAUGUGGGACGCUAUGGCUGGAAAGGCUGUUGCUCCCAGUUCAAGUUCUUGAACAGUGGGCUUCUGUUGGCCAGUCGUUACCCUAUUCUGGAUGCCCAUUACGAGUGCUUCCCUAAUGGGCGCAGCGAGGAUGCUCUGGCUGCUAAAGGAGUUCUUUUCGCCAAGGUGCAGGUGGGAAGCUCUGCUCAGGAUCAGCGGGUUGUUGGAUACAUCACUUGUACUCAUCUGCACGCUAUUGAAGGUGAUUCAUCGGUGCGCUGCGAGCAGUUGGAUAUGCUGCUGGAGUGGGGUGCAGAGUUCAAGAGGGCCACCUCGGGACCCAUGGACGGGGAGAAGGUUCUGGAAGAUCAGGUGGCCUUCGACGUCGUCCUAGGAGAUCUUAACUUUGACAACUGCUCUUCAGAGGACAAGCUGGAACAGCAGCAUGCCCUCUUCACUCAUUAUAAAGACCCCUGUCGUCUUGGUCCUGGAGAAGACAAACCGUGGGCUUUGGGUACAUAUCUGGACACAAGUGGUCUGUAUGAUGAGGAAGUCAGCUCACCAGAGAGCCUACAAAAAGUCAUGGAGAAUGAAGAGGGGAGAAAAGAGUACUUGGUGUUCCCUGCCAGCAAGAACCAUUGUCCCAGCCAGAAGGGGCGCAAAAUCCCCCUAAAAGGUAACGGCAGGAGAAUCGAUUACAUCCUUUAUAAAGAGGACUGCCUGCAGCAAGACUGGAAAGUGGAUAUAGAGGAGUUCAGCUUCAUCACUCAACUUGCUGGAUUGACUGACCACCUCUCGGUGGCUGCAAGAUUGGUUGUGUCAACUGGAGAAGAGGAGACUUAGGACCGUCCAUAAUUUAAAAAAAUCAAUGCCAAGGAGAGAGAAGGGGAGAGACAAAGAGAGAGUGGGAGAACUGAGUGAAAGGAAAAGCAGCAAGAGGAUGCAUUUGUCAAGCUUCCCGACAGAUGAGGGCAGGGUGAUUGAGUAAGUCAUAAAAAACGAUGGAUGACAGAGAAGUGAGAACACAGACAAGAGAGGGGGGUGAAGGAAUAGAGAAACUACCAAUCAGCUGAAAGCAGCUUGAUGGUUGAAGAUUUUGUGGACGUUGGUUCUCCAUCCACCCCUUGACUCUCAGUGUUUACAUCUGAUCUGAAGAACAAAAUUAAAGAUUUACUCACCUUUGCACGUCUGAAGCUUCUCUUGGGCCCUUCAUGGGGCGGAGGCCAUUUUCUGGUGCCAUGACCCGGAUAUUUAAAUGAAGGCUAUACAUUGUAAGAAGAAAGAAUGCGUACAUUGACUGUACCGGUCAUCCUGUCACACAGUAUGGAAAAGGACAUAUACAGCUGUGUGUUUAAAGUUAGUCCCUCAGCGUUCUUCAAAAGACCUCAGCAAGUGUCUUUCUUUUCUAACGUCUUUCUAAGGUUUCUAUGGCCUCGUGCCAUCUUUUUAGGGAGUUUAUAGACUGAUAUGCAAUACUGAUCAAGGUUGCAUUGUAUGGCCUCGCGUAACACUAAGAUAAACAACAUGUUUCUUCGUCUGCUGGGAUGCAUUAAUCAAGUCCUGAAGUAUGGCAGUGGCGCCAUCACUGCAAACUAUGGAAAAACUGAGCAAUUGGUGGGAAUUUAACCCCCAACUGUUGCUAAAUGCAUGUUUGCCAGUGCACUGCCAUGUCUGUCAUGGCCUGCAUGCUUGACAUGAACCCCGAGACUCAAUUAACACAGACUAUUUUUCACACUCAAGCCCCAUCCCCUAACACUUUUCCUUCUUUCAGUAUUGCUGUGGCUCCAUCACAGGAGAAUGGUGUCAUACAAGGCAUCGCAGUGUUCACCGUUUACAUAUUUGAGCCAAGAUUGUCAUCCCUUGCAAAUGUUUACACACUUAUCAGGCAACGGUACCCCAAGACCUACCCCAGGUAGACCCACUGAAGCUCGCUCUUCAUGUGUUAACACGAUUACUUUUAUACUCUCUAAAAUUCUCUUGUUAAGUUGUUGUUAUUGUUAUUAUUAUCAUUAUUCUUAUGAAUACUAUGGUUCGUAGAUUUGACAUUAUGUGCUUUUUACAAAUGACUACAUUCCCCAUGAUUCAUUUAUCUGCUUUUUUGCUGUGUUAGAGGUUUACAAUGUAAUGUUUUGACUGACAGACUAAUUGGCCAAUUAGUAUCCCUAUAAACAACUUUAGAAUAACCAUAUCAAAUGCUGUAUUCCAUUCAGUUGUGCAAGAGAAUGCUACUAAAACACAAGAACUAAAAGGUGUUUGGUUGUGUUAAUGUUCUUUUUUUUAUGCACCUUCUCCAUAGUUGUGAAAAUACAUACUAAAAUACAAAAAUAAUAAAGGAACGCAAGUCUUCAUCAUUGGGUUGAAAGGGUCUGAGCAUGGAGAGUAACUCUAAAGUGUUGGUUCUUUUUAGUAUAUCAGCAAUGUAUAUGAGUGAUGCUUUUGAGUCAAAUCUGUUUUAGAUUAAUCAAAAAUAUACAGCGCAAGUACUGAAGUCCGAUUUCUGAUGAUUGACUCUUUUGACAGUGCGACCAGGAAAAUCCUGAAUGAACAACCAUUUUUGAGUAGAUAAUUUUUUGCUGAAUCAAACACGUGGAGAUAAUUGCAACUAACUGUGGGAUUUAUAAAAGCAUAGUUAUGAUGAUUAUUUAUAUGGCAAUGUAGAAUUAAAAAUACAUGCUACAUGAGUUUUGUCAGUAUUUUAUAAAUGUUAAUGAAUAAUAAAUUGUAAAUGGUAUGAAAUAAUUUUUUUAAAUGAUUACAAAAAAAUCUCUUUUUUAUUUUUAUUUAAUAGAAAAGGACAAAAAACAACUGUGAAAAGUCAUUAAAAAGUAUAUGUAAAGACUUUUUUUUUGUUAAACAAUUAUUAUUAUUUAUUGUAAACUUAAAUGUAUUUAUCCUACAAAUUAUUUUAAUUGUUUAAUUAAUAAAAACAGAGCUGUGGUUGGAAGCCAGUGAAAGAAGCAUCUAAUAUGAAACUUAGGAUGGAAUGCAGCAUUGAUCAUUAUGCACUUUCCUGACAUUAAUUUUAAUCUUGCGUAUCAUUCUCCAAUCAGGUCAGUGUGCCAUAAUAAUUAACCGUAUCCAGAUCCUCCAGUACUAAUGCUUAUAAGGGAGCAUGGGGUAUGAUUCAGAUUAUCUGUUAUUAGAAGAACCUGUGUUAAUUUAAUCUGAAGUUAAACUCUUCCUAUUGUAUCUAAAAUUAUGUCAUUUUUCAAGGUCAGUGUUGAAGGGUCGGACAGGGAGAGCUGUAGUAGAAAUGCAUGCAGUGAAAAAAAAAAUGAAGCUUCAAAAUUUCUCACUCUCUUCGCUGUCCAAUAAGAUCUUACUGUUCUCUAUAUAUUGUUUUUGACACUGUUCAUUUUUGUUGCUGUUUCCCUUUAUUUUAUUUUUUAUUUUGAGGAAUGCGGCUUGCUUCAAGCUUUCAGCUGGUUGGGCUUUCAAGAGGGAAAUGGAAAGGGAAAGGCUUUCUCAGUGUCAGCUCUUUAUAACUGCAUUUUGGUUCUGCUUUUUAUUUAAAAAAAUAAUAAAUUUCCUCUUUGAUUAAAA